GAUCAGAGUUAUCGUCUUCGUUGCGAUUAUUGCUUCUAGUCUAAUUUCCAUGGCGUCUGCGAGAGAUGGAACAGCCACUUUCUACACGGAGUAUCUUCCAUCUGCAUGCUACGGAUACGAGGGGCAAGGUACGUUAAUAGCAGCGGCCAAUCCGAGGCUGUACAAUAACGGAGCAGCAUGUGGUCGAACGUACAAAGUUCGAUGCACAGGCGGCACAAACGGGACUCCAAAUCCUUGCCGUAACGGUGAAGUAACGGUGAAGAUAGUGGAUCUGUGCCCCGGCUGUGGAAAUUAUCAGCUUGAUCUCUCUAAACAAGUUUUCUCCAGGAUUGCUAAUCCCGAUGCCGGCAGGAUUCGUAUUGACUACACCAGGGUCUAUUGAGAACAAGAAUCUACAAAUUACCAAGAAUAAGCUUCUGAGCAUCUUUUGGAGGAAAUUAAUUAGUAAUAACCUGAAAUAAAUCUUAAAUUUCUGGAAUUAUGGGAUUAUUCCAGAAAACCUCACCAAUAAGGGGAUAGUGUGCUAAAAAAUGUAUUAUGGGGACAUUUUUGCUAAUAUUAAUGAUAU